UAAACUCGGCUACUGCUGACUUCUGCUAGUUGAGUCUGACAACUUACCGAUAACAUUACGGCGAAGGGUGACAUGACUGCCACGCCCGAAGGUGAAUGGAUACGUGCAUACGGGGAAAUAAAAAAAACACAACCGUGUUUAAAUAUGUGCUGAUGUGUUCACGAAAAGUCGGUGAAGCGUCACUGAGUUUCAGGCGACUUAUUUGUUGAGCAAAGAAUUCGCUCGUUUUGGUGUUCUCAGAUACUUGUGACAAGACUGUGGUUAAAAUCGUUCACAGAAGACAGAAUUUUAACUGGAUUAGCUCAAUUGAUCAGUGCGGGAAAUGCACCGAGGGGUUAACAAUCAAGGUGAUAUUAGUGAUAAAAAUUACACAAUGCCCGGUGACAUCAAUGUUUUGUGUAAUGAAAUGCAAUCGUUUAAUUUGUCUCAAAUAAACGGUAAAGAUCCGUUUUAUGAAAAUGGAUUUAAAGAAAAACCUACACUGGAGCCGGCGUUACGCGGGGAAUUUAAAGAACAUUUCCACACUAAAGUGACCAACGGACAUUCUCAGAAAAGGGCAGAGUCCACCUUCGCUGGUCGUAGAGAUGUGAAAAGCCCCAGCACCUUAGAAGAGCGACAAAUAGUCAGCUCUAGGGGUACGGUACGUGGAUUUAAAAACCGAGUUAGAGCUGGAAUUGCAACUUUUAUUGAGCCGUUAUCUGAAAGAAGAAAUUACUGUUUGUUAGAGAAAGAUAGAAUAGUCAUAUAUACAACUAGUAUGUCAGUGGUUAGAGAAACUCACGAGAAAUGUAAAAUUGUGCGAAAUAUUCUACAAACAAACAUGGUCCGUUACGAGGAAAAGGAUCUGUACAUGAGUAAAGAUAAUCAACGAGAACUUCAGGAAAGAUUGAACACAAACGGUAUUCGUGUUCCACAAGUUUUCGCUGAUGGAAUACUACUAGGGGGAGCUGAAGAAUUAGAACGAUUAAAUGAAUCUGGAGAACUACGAAAUAUUUUCUCAGAAUAUCCAAAAGUGGUUGUAACAUCUAAUUGUGUUAAAUGUGGUGGCUACAGAUAUGUUCCCUGCCUUAUAUGUCAUGGUAGUAAAAAAUCAGUUCAUAGAAAUCAUUUUACCGAAGAAUUUUGUGCCUUACGUUGUAUGCAGUGUGAUGAAAAUGGACUCCAGAGAUGUGAUUUGUGUGCUGAACAACAAGAAUAAUAUCAUAUUAAAAUAACUUGAAAUAAAAAACUGAAGGCCUAUAGUGUGUUCAAUAUAUUAUAUGACUUUUGUGAGUAUUUAUGGCUGAAAUGACAAUUUCAACUGGUGUAAUAAUUUUUGUUCAUGAGUUGUAGAAAUGUUUGAUAUUUUUACCUGUUUGAAUGUAAUCCUUAAUGACAAAAAGACAGAGAUAUUAAUUAAAGCUACUUAUGGUCAUUAACAACUUUCGGACAAUAUCUAAUCUUCCAUGCCUUUUAAAAUGUACUCAAAUUGAUUAUUUGACAUCUAAUUAAAAAAUCAAAAUGUUAAAGAUAUAUAAACUAUGUACUUGGAUUCAAUCAGAUUAAAAUGGGUUCAUGAAAAGAUAUACCCAACACUUAUACACUUGUUUCUAAAUACUGAAAUGAAAUUCAACCAUUUUUGAACUGGUAUUCCUUUCAGUGAUUUCUAAACUUUUCAAAAUUCCUCCAAUGGUGAUCUGGGGCCUGUUUCACGUAAUUUUAACUAAGAUAACAUCCAAAUUUUAGUACUUUGAUUGGAUAAUAUUAGAUUGCUUUUAGUGCUUAGCCAGUCAAAAAAGAUUAUAUUGUCAAAAUAACUAAGUUGUUAUAUAUAUAUGACUUGACUAGGGACAGAGAAGCCAGAAUCACAUGAGUAACUUUCACUCUGAGGGUUAGUGCAGAGGGCAGGUGGGAUCUUUACAUAAAACCAUGUAUAUGUUUACAUAUAAUUUUACCAUAUGCAGCUAGCAACAAUAUAUUUUGUUCAGAGUCUGAUAACUUCAACAUGUUUACAGUUUGCCCAGUGAUAUAGUAAUGUUUUUGGUUAUGUUUAACAAGUUUGGUUGAUGACCAAAACCUGAUCUCCCCCACUUAAUUAUAUAAUAUGAAUAGAAGACUUAAUGUAUUUAUAUAAUAUGAAUAGAAAACUUCAUGUAUUUAUAUAAUGUGAAUAGAAGACUUAAUGUAUUUGAUAUAAUAUGAAUAGAAGACUUAAUGUAAUUAUAUAAUUUGAAUAGAAGACUUAAUGUAUUUGAUAUAAUAUGAAUAGAAGACUUGAUUUAUUUAUAUAACAUGAGUAGAAGACUUCAUGUAUUUAUAUAAUUUGAAUGGAAGACUUGAUUUAUAUAAUGUGAAUAGAAGACUUCGUGUAUUUAUAUAAUAUGAAAACAAUAUUUGAUGUAUUUAUAUAAUAUGAAAACAAUAUUUAAUUUACCUAUAUAAUGUAAAAACAUGAUUUAUUCAGUUAUAUACAUGUAAUAUGUAUAGAAGAAUUAUUUAUUUGCUUCAAUGGUUAAAUGGUAUUUUGGAAUACGGAUCUGAAUAUUUUAAAAAGUCAAAUUAUGUGAUAAAUUUAUGCAUUAAAGAUGAAACAGUUGCUAUUUUUAUAUCUUGGGUACUCCUUCUAUAAUGGAUAUUAGGGUACUUGUUUAUAGUAAAUAUAUAUAUAUAUAAUUCUUUGUUAAGAUAUAUGUACGAUGUAUGUUUAUAUACCUAUAAGUAUUUUUGUAUCUUUUGCCUUUAUUGAAUUCUUUAUGUGAUCGACUUCCAAUUAUAUUGAUAGGUUUAUACAAGUAAUGUAACCUAUCUUAUUUUGGGUAAAAAAAACCCCUUGAUAUUCUUGUAAUGGUAAGUUUGGUAUGACAAGAAAUUAUUAUGCUUCAUAAAAUUAAUGGGACCUUGAGGGAUGGAUACAAAUUGUAUGUUUAUAUAAGACUGUGUUCACAAUCACACACAUGUACCCAAACUUUUUUUUCGCGUUACAAACAAAAUAACAGUAAAUACUUAAACCAAUGUCUUGAUGAUUUUUUCAACAGUUUAAAGAAGCUAAUGUGAGAAUGAAAUUUCAUAGUGGUAUAUUAAUUCCCUGAUUGUGUUCACAUUGGUAACAUAUUAAUAUAGUGUGGGAAAUAAGUCUACAAUUUAUCAAAGUGUUUAAAUGUCAAUCUAAGUUUUCACAUUAAGAAUAUGGAUUAUUUGCCACACAAUAUCUCAAUGUGAACACAGCCAUAAUAGAUGAUUAUUUUAUUUUAUGGUUUUCAAGGGUGCUAUAUUUGAUUUGGUGGAUUAAGUUUGUUAGUUACAGAAAUGUAUUUAAAUUAAUGUGACUGGUGAUAGAUCACAUGAUUUAGCAUAUUAAUUUCUUGUAUAACAGUAAUAUGUACAUCAUGGUUAGAAGAUCUUAAGCAUAGAGUUCUAGUCAAUUAUCUGUGACAUAAAUUUAAUAUUGUUGUGUUUGUGAUAUACCCAUUAUAUGUUCCCAACUUGUAGCCUAUAAAUUUAAAGAAUGAUUAUUUUUGUAUUUGAGAUUAUAUAUACUCAACACACUUCCAAUCUGAUGCAUUGCUAUUUAUUCUACCAACCUGCAUUAAAAUUAUAUUAUCAAAUUAUAUAAAAUCACUUUUCUCUUCAUAUUAAAGAGUUAUCUCCCUGUUACAACUUCAAUAAAAGGC